ACGCACCUGUACAGUGCACACACCGAAACAUUUCCUUGACUAUUGCUUGAUAGCGUGUGUUCCGCGAUUCAGUGAAGGAGCCGUGUGAAAGUAAAAAAAAAAAAAAGAAAAGCUAGCUAUAAUCUGUAAGCUUGAAACACGUAUUUUAGUGAAUUUGUGAACAAGCAAUUAAAAUAUACCUACAUAAGUGACCUUGUACCUCCCUUCAUAAAUAAUUAAAAGCAUAGAACACGAUUUAUUGUUUUACAAAAUUUUCACAAUGGAGCAGAACCACAAAAAUCAAGAUUGCUACUUUUUUUACUAUUCCACAUGUACCAAGGGAGAUAGUUGUGGAUUCCGACAUGAAUCUUCGGCACUUGGCUGUGAAGUCAUGUGUCAAUAUUGGCAGCAGGGUAAUUGCUUAAAUGAACAUUGCAAUUUUAGACACAUGGAACUCAAGAAAAAUCGCAAAUCAAUUCCAUGCUAUUGGGAAUCACAAAGAGGAGGAUGCAAAAAACCACAUUGCCCAUUUAUGCAUGCUGCUGAACGUUCAGCCAGUGAACAAGCUUUGAUUAAUCAACCCAAGACAAGUGAUAUGCAACUCAAACCAGUCAGUCAAGAGUGGUCAAAUCGUCCAGAUGAUGGAAAAUUCGAUGGAAGUGGUGGUGAAUCAGAUCAAGGACGUGGUAGCAGUGAAGCUGGAAGUUUCAUCGGUAGUCCAGCAGUCGAUCCUUUGAUCGUAAAUUUUGACGAAGAGUCAGAUAGUGAAGGUGUAACAUCAUCACCAAGUAAAAACCAGUCAACAACAAGUGUACCAUACUGCAAAACAUACGAAGAGAUUAGACUGGAAGAAAUACAAGCUGAGAGUGCAGCAUACUAUUCAUACGAGCAAUCAUCAUCAUCAUCAACAACAACAACAGGAGCAGCAGCAGUUGUACCAAGUAGUUCAUAUCAACAACAAACUGGUGGUGGAAAAGAAAAAAAACCAUCAGUAAUACGAACAAUUAGAAAAACAUUAUCACUAUAUUCACGUGAUAAAAUAGGUCAAUUAAAACAAGAAAAUAAAACAAUAAAUACAAGUGGUGAUUUAAAUUUUAAAAUAUUAACACUAGAUGAAAUACGUAAACGUAAAAAUGAAUCAUUAAUUGAUGAUAAAUUAAUAAAUAAUUCAAGUGAUAUAACAAAAAGUGCAAUAAUAACACUUGAUAAAGUAAAAAUAUCAAGUGAUACUAAUAAAAUAUUAUCAAGAAAACGUAAUUUUGAUGAUUCUAAUGAUAACAUUGAUAAUAAUACUAAUGAUUGUAAUGAAAAAAAAUGUAAAAUUGAAAAAUUAUCAAUAGUACCACCAGUUAGAUUACGUAGAACUAAAAUUGAUGAUGAAGAUUGUAAAAUUAGUGGAAAAAUUGAAGUACGUCUUUGUGACAGUAGUACUGAUGAUAUUAAUAAUCAAAAAAUUAUUGUAUCAUCAUUAGAAAAUAUUCAAAAUGAUAAUGAUAAAAAAAUUGAUAUUGAUGAAAAUAUUGAUGAUUUAAAAAUUGAUCAAUUUAUUGAUGGACAUUCAAAUGAUCAUUUUCAAGAUGAGUCUGAUGAUGUGCUUAAAGACAUUGAUGCAUUACUUGACUGAUUUGUUUUUAUUUUCAAUGUGUCAGUUAAAAAAAUUAUAACUUUUUUUUUAAUAUGUAAAAUGUAUAAUAUUAGAAUUAAUAUAGUCAACUUUUUUUGUUUGUUUUUAUAUUUGUCAUACGUGGUUAGAGUGUAGUAUUUAUGUUUUAUUCUAUGAGUUUAAAAAUGACAUAAUCAUUUCAUAAUAAUAUUAUUUAGCAAGACAUCUAAAAUUCAUGGUUGAAUGAGUCAUGUAUGUAUUCUUUUAAUUUUAUUUAUUAUUAUUAUUACUAUUAUUAUUAUUGUACGCGUACUGAUUGAUUUAAAAAUAUUGAAUCAAAGGUGAAUUGAUAAUGCUACAUAUUUAUUAGAAAAUAUCAGAUUUAUUAAUAUUAUAAUUCAAUAAUUAUCAUAAUAAUAAAAUUUAAAAAAACUUGACUUUGAUUAUUGAAAUUAGAUGAAAAUUAGAUAGAAAAUUGAGUGAUAAUAUCAAUUUAUCAAUAAAAAAAAAAAAAGUCUUUAAUAAAAAAAAGAAAAUUAUUGUUUUUAUCGAUAAAAUAUAAAGUUAUUUGAUAAGUUAAUAUGAAUGAAUUAAAGGUAAGUGUGUAAAAAUUAUAAAAUUUCAUGAGAACAAAAAAAUAUAAGGUAUUUAAAGUAAAUAAUAAAUUAAUUUAUCUAUAUCUAUUGUUUUGUUUGUUUUUUAUUUUUAUUUAUUUAUUUAGAAUGAUAUAAUUGUACGCUUAAAACAUCUUGGCCUAAUAAGAUAAAUCACAAUUCGUUAUUUAUCAUCGAUUCGUCCUCACAAAAAAAAUUACAUUUUUACAUUUUUUUUUAAAUAAAAAGACAGUGAGUUUAAUUAAUAUCAUAAAUAUCAAAUAAUUAACUAAUUCAUUUUUCAAAUUUACAAUUUGAGUGUAGAUAUUCUAUAUAUAAUAUAUAUAUAUAUUUUUUUUUUUUUGGCAAAUGAAAGAAGAUGACGAGUCAAUGAAAGGGUCGCACACGAAACAACCAUUCAUCGGUUAAUCCAUUUUUGAAAUUUUUGUUACAUGAGUAUAUAAAUAUUACUAAUUGUAAGUGGUUUUUUUUUUUUUUUUUUUUUCGUAUCUGUCAUAGUUAUUAUUAUUAUUAAUUAUCAUUAAUUAUUAUUAAUUAUUAGUUUAUUAUUUUGUUUAUCUACUUUGAAAAUUCUACUGUGGUUUUUAUUGUAUUUUUUUCUUUUACUUGUGAUUGUAACAAACUUAACGAGUCGAUUAUUAAAAAUGAUUUUUUUUUUUUUUUUUUUACUUCAAUUAUCGACGUUGGUUUAACCGAUGUUCAACAAGACGUUUAUCCAAGAAAAUAUAAAAAAAUUGAUAUCAAA